AAUCAGCUCGCCCUCUCUGCAUCCUUCUAUCCACAACUUUUCUUACUCAUGGCCACACAAGUGCACAGAAAUGGAAGCCUCUCAGCAGUGUCCUUGCAGGGGUUUGUGUUGGUGGGAUUUGGGGGAGGUGCAAAGACCCAGGCUCUGCUCUUUGCCGUGUUCCUGACCCUGUAUGUAGUGACCGUCCUGGGCAACCUCACCAUGAUCGUGGUCAUCACCCUGGAUGCCCGCCUGCACUCCCCCAUGUACUUCUUCCUCAAGAACCUGUCCUUUGUUGACUUCUGCUACUCCUCUGUCAUUGCUCCCAAAGCCAUGACCAUCUUUCUCUCUUCUUCUAAGGUCAUCAGCUUUGCAGGAUGUGCCACUCAGUUCUUCUUUUUCUCCCUUCUGGUUACAACUGAAGGCUUCCUGUUGGCAGUCAUGGCCUAUGACCGUUUCAUGGCCAUCUGCAGUCCCCUGAGGUACCCUGUGACCAUGUGUCCCAUGGCAUGUGCCCGACUAGUCCUGGGCACAUACUGUGGUGGCUGCCUGAACUCCAUUGUGCAGACCAGCCUCACGUUCCAGCUGCCCUUCUGCAGCUCCAACCGUAUUGACCACUUCUACUGUGAUGUGCCCCCAUUGCUCCAGCUGGCCUGUGCUGACACAACUCUCAAUGAGUUUGUCAUGUUUGGCAUCUGUGGGCUCAUCAUCGUGUCUACCACUCUUGUGGUCCUGAUCUCCUAUGGCUACAUCACAAUGACCAUUCUCAGGAUGCGCUCAGGGUCAGGGCGGCACAAGGUCUUCUCCACCUGUGGUUCACACAUGACAGCUGUGUCCUUGUUUUAUGGAACUGUGUUUGUCAUGUAUGCUCAGCCAGGUGCUCUGACAUCCAUGGAGCAGGGGAAAGUGGUCUCUGUCUUCUACACCCUGGUUAUUCCCAUGCUGAACCCCCUCAUCUACAGUCUGCGCAACAAGGAUGUGAAGGACGCCCCGAGGAGGCUGGGACAGAGACAUAGCCUUGUGAAGGAGGAUGUGCAAUGAGGGCUGGAGGGAGGACUUCUAAUGAAAUACUGUACAACAUCUUCUAUUCAUCCAUCCUGCAA